GUCACGUCCAAAGUGGCCGCCGUCGCAAGUCAAGAACCAGGAGUUGUCCUGACGGCUCCGAAGAUAGUCCAGAAAAGCUGCUUCGACGCCGUAAAGCAUCCAAUCAAAAACAAAAAGUCAGCCCAAGACCAGGGCGGAAUCUUAAAAGUCAAUCGGGAGCAUUAUUUACGGGAAAGAACAAAGCAGCAUACUAUAGAGCCACGGAAUAUAAAAGUUCCAUUACUUAACAUUAAAAAUUCUCAGGAUGUUACCUCGAGGGAAAUGGUCCUUACUCUUGGUGGCACCUUUUUUACUCCUCAUACUACAUUCUGCAACAGCCCAAAAGCUUACCCUUGACGCUGAUGGGACAGUAAACUUUGAAGUGGACACUGAUGGCGACUAUGACUUGGACACGAAUGACGAUAUAUCAACCUUGGUAGAAGAACUCGUUCUCGAAGGUGAAAGUUACGACCAAGCAGAGGCUGAUGCUGAAGCUGAACUGGGCUUGGAUGUCGGCGGCUUCGAAACAACGGUCACCGGAGGCGGAGCGAAGACUUCUGUUUCCACUAAGACGAGUACAAAAGUAGUCAACGGAGGUGCUGCCGAGGUAGACUUUGAGGGCGAUGUAGGUCUUGAUGCCUUUGAUUACUUAGGUGAAGGUGCAGAUUACUACGUUGAUGGGGAAACUGACAUCGGAGGAGAACUCGACGUCGGAGGAGAACUCGAUGUCGGAGGAGAACUCGACGUCGGAGGAGCAACUAAGACCACAACCAAAGUAAAAACAAGUACCAAGCAGGUACAAACUACACAGGCUGAUGUGGGCGGUGACUAUCUCUUUGGCGAUUAUGAAGAAGUUGAAGACCCAGGGGUUGAGUAUGAGAUUGAAUACGAAGAUUAUGAAGAUGAAGGAGCUGAAGCAACUGCAGAUGAGACUGUAGAUCUUGAAGGCGCUUAUGAUUACGAAGGAGCUGAAGCAACUGCAGAUGAGACUGUAGAUUUUGAAGGCGCUUAUGAUUACGAAGGAACUGAAGCAACUGCUGAUGAGAAUGUAGAUCUUGAAGACGCUUAUGAUUAUGAAGGCGCUGACGAUGAAGGCCUUUUUGAGGUGGAAGGCGAUUACGAUUUGGAAGGAGACUAUGAUGUGGAAGGUAACAUAAAGGUAAAAUCGAAGACUAAAGCUGAAGGUGAUGUUAGUUUCGACAUAGGUGGCGAUUAUGAUUUUGGAGCUGAUUAUGGCUUGGAGCUUGGUGGUGAUUACGAAGCUGAAGCCACGGAAGACGUUGUCGCCGAAGGUGAUGAGGGUUUUGAUUUUGGUGGUGAUUACGGUUUUGAUGAUGCUUUCGGAACUGACGUAGAAGCUGGAGUAAAUGUUCAAGCGCAAACAGAACAAGUAGGCGAUUAUGACUAUGGAGCUUUAACUGGUGGUGGAGACGUUGAAGGAGAUUAUGGAGCAGAUUAUGAAGAAGAUUAUGGUAAAGGACGCAGACGACACAGAGGCCGUGGACGCUACAGAGAGAGUGACGAUUACGAUUAUUCGGAGAGUGGCGAUUAUGAUUAUGGACGUGGAAGGCAUAGAGGAGGAAGAUAUGAUUACGAAGAGCGAGAUUAUGAAGAUGUGGAAAUUCAUAGAAAAGAAAUUAUCGAAGAAGAACAAGAGGAGUUAGAUGUGAACGAAAAACAAAAAAAAAAUUUUAAAACGCACAUCAGCUGGAGGGAUCAUAAUGAGACAGAAAAAGAUCUUCACGAAAAAGAGAAAAAACAUUAUCGCAAAAUAAAAGUAAUAGAACAUGUGGGAGGAUUUAAUUCAGAAUACGAUGAGGAAUCUAUUUUGGAGUCUAUAUCAACGGAAGGUUCACAUGCUGACAGUCAAGAGAUGAGACUUGCUGAAGGGCUCAAAGCGGAAGCUGCUUUGAAGAUAAAAGCACAGAAAGACGCAAGAUUAGCAGAGAUAGGUGAACCAUCGUUAUCUUUCUCUCAAGAAAUUUCAAAUUCUGAGGAAUGGGGCUCCGUUGUUGACUUCGAAAUCGAGCAAGAAGCUCUAGCUGCUCAGAGAGAGGGAGGAAAUAUUUUCCUAAAAGAAGACGGGGCUUUAGACGAGGCUUUAGAUGCAGAAAUAAAGGCAGUUUUGGAAAACGAAAGGUCAAUCCUUCAAGAUGAAGCAAGGUUCAGAACGCGUGAGCAAAUCCAAGCUGAGUUGGAAGCUGAUGUUUUGCUUGAUCUGGAACAGCAUGGCGGUGGUCUCACUGAAGGAGGAUUUGGGGCCGCUUUGCAGCUGAGAGGCGAUGAAGUCGAAGUCAAGGUAAAGGAACAAAUCGAAGCCCAAAUAGACGAUUUUAUUCAAGUCGAUGCUGAAGUAAAUGCCGUUAUUAAUGAAUUUGAUGACACACAUACUCAUGUUACGAUUCAUCUUAGGGAUCCAGAGUUUGACCAGAGACUGUACCGAAGAUAUCAAGACUAUCCCGUUCUGGAGAGCUUCCGAGAAUACGUCGUGAGGGAAGUGGAUUCUCAGCGCAGAGAUUUCUAUUUGGAUAACAGGGAAAAUAGAACGACAGUGCGUGAAAAUGAUCUGGCCUUUGACAGAUACAAACUUCGUCCUCGAGUGCAAAAGAACUCUGGCAGCCCGUACAUUGGAGAAAAAAUUUUGGGUCAUUUUGCGUCCGCACCUUUUGGAAUUUCUCCUAUACCCUUUUUGGAAUGGACACAUCCCGAUGGAGAAAUUGGCGUAGCGCAUGCUGCUGAAGCCUUCCUUCUUCCAAUGAUUGUGAGUGCCUUCUCAAAUACUUACUUAGAAGAAAUCCGUUUCAAUGCGCCUCAUGCGAAACUGUGGAUGGAAACAUUCGUUUUCAAAGACAGAAGAAUCACUGACAACAUCGUCAGCAGAGCUUCUGACUCCGGCUACGAAGCCAUUGUGGUGACCGUUGACGCCCCGGUGUAUUCUGACCAGUUCGUUACCAGAGGAGCAGACAUCAUUCUUCCUGAAUAUCUAAGGUUGCCAAACAUAGAAGAUCACGAUGUAAUUAUUGACAGGGGUGAAAGGUUAAAACUUAAGCUCGAUGCUGAAGCUGAUGUAAGUGCCAGUGUUGACGUAAGUGCCAGCCUUGAUGCAAGCGCUAGCCUUGGUGCGAGUGCCAGUCUUGAUGCAAGUAUUGAUGCCAGUGCGUCUAUUGGAGCUAGUGCAAGCAUCGGAGCCGGUGCUAGCAUUGGAGCUAGUGCAAGUAUUGGAGCUGAUGUAGGCAUUGGAGCCAGUGCAAGUAUUGGAGCCGAUGUAGGUAUUGGAGCCAGUGCAAGUAUUGGAGCCGAUGUAGGCAUUGGAGCCAGUGCAAAUAUUGGAGCUAGUGCAAGCUUAAAUAUUGGCGCUGAAGCUGACGCAAGUGCAAGCGUUGUACUUGAUGCGAGUGCAAGCACAAGUGUUGAGGCUGAUGCAAAAUUUAGUGCUGAAGCAACUGGAGAUGUUACUGGAGGUGAUAAUGAUUAUGCUGGUGCUGGAGCGGAUCCUGGAGCUUACGAUUAUGCUAGUACCGAUACCGGAAAUUAUGAUUAUGGUAGCACUACUGGAAAUUAUGAUUAUGGUGGCACUACCGGAAAUUAUGAUUAUGGUGGCACUGACAAUCAGAAUAAUGACUAUGCUGGUGCAGAAGCAGCAGACUACAAUUACGACUACAAUGGUAAUGCUGAUUACGGAACAGCUGACGGUACAGUAAACCGUCGAAAACGUGACGUUGCUGCCUUUGCAAGUGCAGAUGCUGACAUCUCUGCAAGUGUUGACGUGAGUGCAGAUGUUAGUGCGUCAUUGGAUGCAAGUAUAUCAGCAGAUGCUUCAUUAGAUGCCAGUUUGUCUGCAGAUGUUAGUGCUUCAGUAGAUGCAAGUUUGUCUGCGGAUGCCAGUACAUCAGUGGACGCCAGUAUAUCAGAAAGCAUUAGUGAGUCUGCCAGCGUCUCUGGAUCCGUAUCCGGUAGCAUUUCUUACAGCGCAGACCGACUUCUCUAUGAACCUGCUGAGUUUGACAUUGGAUUCGGUCACAUCCACCACAAAGGAGUACUCGAAGGCCAUAUUGAAGGACUAGCGGGAACAUUUAGCUUCUGCAUCGGUUCUUAUAGCUUCGAGACACUCUUUGACGCCCUAGUGGAUCCAGGUGCAGAUUGGAGCGACUUCAAGAGAGUUCGAGACAAUACCGAUUUACCAGUCGUUGCUAAAGGAAUACUAACAGGUUGUGAUGCCAGGGAAGCAGCUAAGAAUGGUGCAAACGGUGUCAUUGUAUCAAAUGAUGGUGGAAGCAGACUCGAUGAAACUCCCGCAACAAUUGAAGCAUUAGCUGAGGUAGUAGAAGCUCUGCAAGACAUCGACUUCGACCAUGUCCAAAUCUUCAUGGAUGGAGGGGUAAGAUUUGGCACUGACAUCUUCAAAGCCAUCGCCAUAGGAGCUGACGCAGUGUUUAUUGGCAGACCAGUUGCUUGGGCACAUCUCCACAGUGGCAGAAAUGGUGUGCAAAGGGCACUUCAAAUUUUGCGAAAGGAGUUUGAAAGAACAGCAACUUUGAUGGGCGUUAAAGACAUCGACGACAUAGUCCGUUCAAUGGUAGUAUCUCAGAACUACUACAUCAAUCGAUACGAAUCCGACUACCGUCGUCAUGGUGAUCGCCACGAUCGUGGUCAUAGCUCUGGUCACCACUCUGACUACUAUCUUGUUUGUCCGUUCGACUACAAGGACAACCACCUCAACGGCCACCUACACACAUUCCUCGAUUUGGACGGUGGAGAUCAAUGGUUCGCCGACACAGACUUCUCCUUCUCCUCCUACUCAUUCUUCGGUUCCUCUUCCAGCAGCAGUUCCAGCAGCAGCUCUAGUAGCGGCAGCAGCAGCAGUAGCAGUCACCAUACCAGCAGUCACAGUGACAGCAUCGUCGGUGCUUCCGAUAGUUUCAGCUGGAGCAGUGACAGCAGCCCGAGUGACGGCAUCUCAUCGUCGUGGAUCGAAGUCGACAUCAUUCCUGAUGGUCUCAUCUCGGUCGACUCAUCCGCCCUCAGUGGCGUUGUGGACGACCUCCUCAGGUCUAGCGACUCUUGGAGCACGUUCCUGGUGCCACCGUACGGUCUCCCUCACGGUGGUGACGUCGUUAACGUCGUCGAGAAGGUCGCCGAAGAGAUUGCCUCUGCUCUCGAGAGCCUUAUCCUCAGUGGAGAGAUCGAUCCGAUCUCCCAGGCGAUCGACCUCGUGUCCAUUGCUAAGGAUGCCAUCGAUUCCUACGUGUCUCUCAUUCCAGUCGACCCUAGCGCCAGUGUACCCAUACCCGGCAUUUUCACGGGUGGUAAAGAACUUGCCCUUGAGCUUGUCUUUAGCAAACUCGGACUCUCCGUUCCUUUCGUGUCAGCCUCUGUGGACGAGACAAUCGAGGCACUCUCUGCGUCUGCAGAUGUUGGAGUUGGCGUAGCUGCAAGUGUCGGUGCUGCUGCAGCAGUGUAGAUAUAAAUAUAUCCAUAUCAGUCCCUCUCCCCAUGUGCCCAUCAAUUCGCAAUCAAGUUAAACACGAAACACGAUGCAAUAAAAACUUUAUAACCGACAAGAAAUAUAUAUGUAAUAAAAACUUUCUUCACAAAUGUAUGUGUAAGUAUUCAUUAAAGAUGGGUACAUAUAUCAGUGCGUUUUUCAGUUGUUUAGAGAUUUUAAGAAUAAAAAACUUAUUUCGGUAAAACUGGUUUCUCUCUUGUCCAUGAUGUUCUCACAAAUUCCUUUACAAUGUAUAAUAAGCAAUGAGUUAAAACUUAAUAAAAUUUGCUGCAUAUAAA